AUGUCGGGCUCCGCCGUCCGGGCCUUCCCUUCUGCAAUCUCCUGGACAUGCCGCCAAUGUCGUCUACACGGCGUUCAGGCUAAAGCUCGUCAACCGAAGCUUUUAUCAGUCCCGCAACGGCACAACUUCUCUACGACGAGACCGACCUUCCAAGAUACGCAAAUCCAGGCAGCGCCGGAAAUAGACCUUGAUGACCCGAAUGCGAUACCCGCCCGCAUCCUCCCGGCAUCGCCUUCCUAUUUUACUGCGUCUCCCGUCUUCAACGACCAUGUUCUCCUGCUGCAAUCCCUCGUCAAGAAACACGGGGCACUACCUACGGCUCCGCCGAACCAGACACCGCGAGCGGCGUGGUUGAAGCUCAAUCAAUAUCGAAGUUCCACCGGCGAAAAAGUUCCUGCUUCAAAAUACUCAAAGGUCUUGGAGCUUCUCACGCGACUGAACAAGAUCCAUCCGCGGGUUCGCCCGAAGGAGGUGAAGCAGGUCUUGGAUCGAUUUCGACGUCCUGGUUCGGAAGAAGUUCAGAAAGCGAAGCCUGGAAAGAUUGACGAAUAUGGACGUGCUAUUGGCAUUGGACGGAGAAAGGAGUCGACGGCAAAAGUAUUUCUGGUUGAGGGUACGGGUGAAGUUCUGGUCAAUGGGCGCAGCAUUGUGCAAGUGUUCCCUCGCGUGCACGACCGGGAGAGCGCACUCUGGGCGCUGAAAACCACCGAGAGAAUGGACAAGUACAAUGUCUUCGCGCUGGUGUCAGGAGGUGGAGUUACGGGUCAAGCAGAGUCAGUGACUCUGGCAUUGGCCAAGGCAUUACUGGUACACGAACCAGCGCUCAAGCCGGCCCUGAGACGAGCCGGCUGUGUUACGACGGAUAUGAGACGUGUCGAACGGAAGAAACCAGGCCGGUUGAAGGCUCGCAAGAGGCCAACUUGGGUCAAACGUUAA